AUGAGCGAUCGUGGACGCAGCAGUGGAGGGUCAGCACGUAACGUAAACAGUGCACCGAAUUCAUCGAACCGUCCAAACGGACCUGGAGGUGGUGGAUCAAUGCAGCGAAUGAGAUCGGAUCGUGGCGAUCGCAUGGAUCGAAAAUCAACACCAUCCUCAGAUCGUGCACAUCAUCGAUCAAGCGGAGACAUGAAUUCGAGAGGUGAUCGAGGUCACGGGGGUGGAGGAGGUGGGGGCGGUGGUCGUGCGAUGAGCAUGCUCUCGGGUCAAGCGUUCACCGACAAUGAGUUGAUGACGGAUCUGCCGAAGAAGAAGUUCACGGGACGUUGUCGUUUGUUUGUGGGCAAUUUACCGAAUGAUCUGAAAGAAGAGGAAUUGAAAGAGUUGUUCACACCACACGGGGAUAUCGCAGAAUGCUAUCUGAGUGGCAAGGGGUUCGCAUUCCUGAGAAUGUCAUCAAGUGUGUGUCUCUCUUAA